ACCUGUGAGAAGUGUCUGGUCCUGCUGCAUUACUAACGCAGUCUGACCGGAGCGUUUCACCACACCGAGAGCCCCAUCAUGAGAACCUGGAGGCGGCGGAGGAACUUUGCCUUUCUGAUCCUCGCUCUCCGCUUCUGGUGCCUGUCCACGGCGACAGGAAAUGCUGACAACACGGUUUACAACAUACAAGGCGGAAGUAGUCCAGACCAGGCUAAACAGCGAGGGGAAGAAACCAAACCAGAGCGCCGUGGGACCACUGUACCUCUGCUGCUCAGGGGCAAGGAGCACAGACCUCUCAGCCAGCUUGCAGCUGGGAGUUAUCCUGCGUCACUCCAGCUACUGGUACAUGCUGAAGGUGAACAGCUGAUCCUGCUGCUGGAGAAAAAUGAGGGACUUUUUGCAAGCCAUUACACCGAGACACAUUACCAAGAGGAUGGACGUGCAGUCACCGGUGCUCACAACUUCACGAAUAACUGCUACUAUCAUGGCGAAGUGCAGGCGCAUCCAAACUCUGAUGUCACCCUCAGCGUCUGCUCAGGCCUUCGAGGCUUCAUCGCACUUGAAAACAAGACAUUCAUCAUUGAGCCUGUGUCUGGCCAAGACACCGGUUCCCACCUCAUCUACCGAGUGGAAGAACUCACACUGACCCCAGGAGCCUGCGGGCAUGGCUUCAACAUGUCUUCUGUUGCUCCUGAAAACCACAUCAAAAGCCCCUUCCAAUCCUUCCACACAAGGCAUAAAAGGCAUGCUCAGAAGACAACCAAAUACGUUGAGCUGAUCAUUGUUGCUGACAACAGAGAGUUUCAGAAACAGGGAAAGGACAUCGACAAGGUGAAACAGAGACUGGCAGAGAUAGCCAAUUACGUGGACAAGUUCUACAGGGCCCUGAACAUCCGGGUGGCCCUGGUGGGUCUUGAGGUGUGGAGUGACUCUGAUAAAUGUCCCGUCACCCAGGAUCCCUUCACCACCUUGCACGAGUUCCUAGACUGGCGGAAAGUCAAGUUGCUGCCUCAGAAACCGCACGACAAUGCUCAGCUCAUAAGCGGGGUAUACUUCCAGGGCACUACCAUUGGCAUGGCACCCAUCAUGAGCAUGUGCACAGUUGAGCAAUCUGGAGGCAUUGUCAUGGAUCACUCUGAGAACCCACUGGGUGCAGCCGUGACUUUGGCACACGAACUGGGACACAAUUUUGGCAUGAACCACGACACCCCAGAGCGCGGCUGUGGCUGCAGGAUGACCGUUGAUCGUGGAGGCUGCAUCAUGACCCCCUCUACAGGGUAUCCAUUCCCAACAGUGUUCAGCACAUGUAGUAAGAAGGACCUCGCUGCCAGUCUGGAGAAAGGCGUAGGCAUGUGUUUGUACAACAUGCCUGAGGUCAAGGUGCUCUACGGUGGACAGAAGUGCGGCAAUGGCUACGUGGAGGAGGGAGAGGAGUGCGACUGCGGGGAGGCAGAGGAAUGCAUGAACCCAUGCUGCAACGCCACCACAUGCACCCUCAAGGGAGAUGCCGUGUGCGCCCAUGGACAGUGCUGUGAAGACUGCAGGCUCAAGCCGGCUGGCACCCUGUGUCGAGAGACCAGUAACUCCUGUGACCUGCCAGAGUUUUGUACUGGUGCCAACCCUCACUGCCCAGCCAACGUUUAUCUGCAUGAUGGGCACGCCUGCCACAAUGUUGAAGGCUACUGCUACAACGGCAUCUGCCAGACUCAUGAGCAACAAUGCAUCACCCUGUGGGGACCUGGAGCCAAGCCCGCCCCUGGGAUCUGCUUUGAGCGAGUCAACUCUGCAGGGGAUCCUUACGGGAACUGUGGGAAGGACUCCAAAGGCUCCUUUGCCAAAUGUGAUGCGAGGGAUGCAAAGUGUGGUAAAAUUCAGUGCCAGGGAGGAGCCAACCGGCCAGUGAUCGGAACAAAUGCUGUUUCCAUCGAAACUAACAUCCCGCUACAAGAAGGAGGGCGUAUUCUCUGUCGAGGAACACACGUUUACCUUGGUGACGACAUGCCCGACCCUGGACUGGUUCUGGCUGGUACAAAGUGUGGAGACGGCAUGGUGUGCCUGAACCGGCAGUGCCAGAAUGUCACUGUCUUUGGUGUGCAUGAGUGCUCUGGGAAAUGCAAUGGACGUGGGGUGUGCAACAACAAGAAGAACUGCCACUGUGAAGCGCACUGGGCUCCUCCAUUCUGUGAGAAAGGCGGCUUCGGUGGCAGCAUCGACAGCGGGCCGAUGAGACUUGCAGCCGACAGCGUGGUCAUUACUGUGGCAAUCCUGGUUACCUUGGUCAGCCUUCUGGUAGCCACCGUGAUCAUCUUUGUGAAGAGGAAGACCCUGCUGCGACUCCUCUUCACCAAUAAGAAAAGCACCUUGGAGAAACUCAGAUCUGUGCAGGCCAGCAGGCCGACCAGCCCCAUCAGGACUCAGUCCAUGUACAGGCCAACGCCUCAACGCAAACCUCCACCCAAACCCUCUGGAGCCAGUAUUUAUAAGCCUUCUCUCCUGAGUGCGGAGCCUCUUCUGCCUCCGCACAACUUCCACUCUCACAGCCUGCGCAGACUGCCCCUCUACCAGCCCCUGCACAUCAGCCAGCCCAUGCCGGUGUCUCUGAGUGUGGGCCAGCCUUCCCUGCCUCCUCUCCCAGCCCACCACAGGGUCCUGCCUGCCCACACGUCCCUCUCACCACCUCGAGUGCCACCUUUUCUCAGUCUGCCUCGCCAGCAGUCAUCAUACAGAGUAGACCAGGACUUUGAGAAGCCCAGUCCACCCCAGAAACCCCUUCCUGCAGACCCACUAGGGAGGAGCUCUCGGCUGGGUCACAGUGCCACAGCAGCGGGGGUCCACAUCCCCGGCGCUGGACCCCUCCCCAUACCUAUCCCCACUGUGCCCAGGCCUCCACCCACCAUCCCUCUACCCAGCAGACCUGUGCCGGUGUUGCCCUACAGACCACCAAAGACUCAUAAGGACUGCUGAGCUCUUGACGUCAUGGACGAGUAGAUCUCCCAUCAACAGAUAGAGACUUUCUUGAUUUGCACUAAUUACUGAGACUUCUGUAAGACCCUGCGGACAGUUGGAAGCGUCACAGAGUGUCUAGUGAAAAGGGGGCUAACAUCACACCUCGGUGUUAACGCCUCUAAAAGGUGCUUUGUUGUCCUCGCUCAGGUACCAAUGAACUAUUUAUCUAUUUAAUUAUUUAACUUCAAUAUCACCAGUUUGUGCACAGAGCACUCUGAUGAAGAGUGAUUUUCCCCAUGGAAAAGUUUAGGAAAAGAAAGAAACAUGGUGUCAUUUAGGAUAUUUCUUUUGCAUUCUUUGGUGAUUUUUAUACUUUUUUCUCAAAUGAAAUGCUGAAAUAUAUGAUGUUUUUUAUAAUCAGUCAAGUUGCUUGAAUAAUAGAAGUGCAAAAAGGUUUGUUUUUGGACUUAAGUGAGGAUAAAGGGAAAUGGAGCACAACUCAGCAAGUUGUCAGUGUAGCUUGUGGCCCAUAGAGCAGUGUUAUUUAUUCAGUUUUUCAUAUUGUUAUGAUGUAUUCAAUACCAAAUACAUCUUUUAUAUCCAUGCCGCCAUGGUGCUAAAAAAAAAAGAUAUUAAUCAAAUCCUUUGUUUCCUUAAAUGUAAUGGAAAAAUGCAGCAGUUCCAGCAGUUUUUCUAGGUGCAUCAUCUAAAAACUAGUCGAACUCAUAUUAAAGCCUCUACAUUUUUAUUGAGGGAUCAGCUCAUUUUGAAGUCUCACAGUCAGUCUCCCUCAUUUCCUUAUAAGUUCACUCUCACAGUGAAGUACAAACAGGAAAAGCUCUUUUCACACAUUUCACACAGGCUCUGACACACUGCUCACGGCAUGUGUUGGACGCUCAGCGUGUUCUCCUGAUACUGGCAGACGCUGCAGAGCCUCAACAGAUUCGACAGGCUGAUUGUGUUCCAGAGAAUUACACCAACACCAAAUAAUUCAACAUUAACUACGGUGUUUGUAUGUUUAACAUUUACGCUCACUUUGUCCUUGAGUGUGCGAGCCAAGUCAGAUGACUUCAGCGCUGUGAGCUUCCCAAGCUCCUCCUCCACCGUAUCAACAUGAUUUUUUUACCAUAUCUGUCCUGUCUUUUUUUUUUUUUCUUCUUUGCCUUUAUCCCAUUACAUUUUGAUUUUAUAUGGCUGAAUUAUUCUUGAACUCUGAUUAUUCAUGCAUCGUUCAUUCGAUUCAGAGCAUGCCGUUGCACUUUGAGUUUGGCACUUUCCUUGAUGUUAUUUGUCGUUGACUUGCUGGUAUAAGAGGAAGGAUUCAGCUGUUAAAAUCUUCACAGUGCAGUUCUUUUCCCUGUGUCAGUGUUCACUUUGGAUAAUGCAUUUUGUAUUUGCAGUGUAUCCGCUCGCAGUGCUCGUCCUCUCACCACUGCUGAAUGAUUGAAGUCAGUGAAGCCCUGCAUACCUUUGUUGCAUUCGUGUACAGAAGUGUGCAAGUAAUGCUUUUUUCUUUGUUUCUGGAGAUGUUCACACAUGUUCAACAGUCAGGGCAACUGCCCUCUGUUGGGAAAUAUCUGUUAGUGCUGUGUUAAAUUAGUCGUUAAAUGUUUAUGCCAUUUGUAAAUCCUAAAUGUACUGUGUUUAUUUGCAUAACUGUAACAUGUUUAAAAGCCAUUGUAAAGUGUAAAUAUUGUACGUCAGUAAUCAUUUCUCUUCUUUUUAUGUUGUUUUUUUACAAGCACAGUAAUAUAAGAACUGCUCUGAGGCCGUUCCCCACUUACACUAGGUGGUGAUUUUGAACAUUUUAACCUAUAACUUGUAGGCCAGAGACAAAUGUUUCAGGAUAACAUUUAAACUGAGAGGUUUGGUUGAUGAAAUCAGAGCCAAAUAAAACUGCCUUUAUGACUGUUUA